AUGGAUUCAUCAUCAAGUUAUUUACAAGAAGAAAAUAAUCAUGAAAUGUAUUCCGGUGCAGUUUCAGAAAUCAUUCCUUCUUCAAUCUCAACAUUACAUUAUCCUCAUAACUUUGGUGGAAGAAGGGAUUCUCAUUUCUCAAGAGAAACAUCCCCUUUAUUGAGUGGAGAUGAGCUGGAAGAUAUUGUUGCCUUGAAUAGAGUUAGAUCUAUGGCAUCGCGUACUUCAAUUGAUGCCCAGGGUAAUUUUAAAUUCUUCUCUCCUGAUGAAAUAGAAAUGGCACAUGGUGGAUCUACUUUGGAAAACCCUGAAGAUCCUGUGGAUUAUAAUACUGAUUGGGAUUAUUCAAUUGAUAAAUUUGUGGAAGAAGAAUAUGAAGAAAAUGGAGAAGUUUUACAAGAUGAAGAAAUGUUUGGACAAGAACCAAGUGGUAGUAGUAGAAGAGUUCAAUCUCCUGAUAUUGUGGAAUAUGGUUCUUUGAAUUAUGAUAGACGUAGACGUGAUUCAGAUGAUGAAAGUAAUAAAUCAAAUCUUUUGGAUACUCAAAUUGAAGCAACUCAAGUUGAAGAAGCCUUUUUGAAACAAUAUCCCGCAGAAUUAGAUUAUCAAAGGUAUUAUCUUGCGGAAGAAGAUUUAGUUAUUGGUAUUGCCGGAUAUUCUAAUUGUUGGUGGAAAGAAGUUAUCUACUAUCUCAUUUGUAUCUUUACAUUAGGAAUUGGUUAUUUGGUAUUGAGAUGGAUGCCACGUUAUAGAAUCAACUUAAUGGGAACUAGAUGUCCCUUGGGGAUUGCUGAUUGGUGUGUUAUUGAAAACGAAUUUGGUGAGCUUCAAAUUGUCAAUAUUGAAAAACAAGCGUUGAAUGAAAGAUUAUCUAGUUUUAUGACAGUAGAGACAUCUUCACAAGAUGAUACUUUUUCAAGUGAAAAAGACCCUAUUAUUCCUUAUAUUCAUUCAUUCACAUAUAGGUAUAUUAAAUUUUUCUAUAAUCCAUUGGAGGAUCUUUUCAAAACCAAUUCCAAUUGGUAUGAUACCUAUUGGUUAAAGGUCCAGAAUACCCAUGAAGGUGUUUCUCAAACUGUCUAUGAACAAAGAAUGGAGAUAUUUGGUGAGAAUAACAUCGAUAUUGAAGAAAAAAGUGUUGGGCAAUUAUUAGUUGAUGAAAUAUUGCAUCCAUUUUAUGUCUUUCAAGUAUUUUCCAUUUUCUUAUGGUUGGCUGAUAAUUAUUAUUAUUAUGCUUCAUGUAUUUUUAUUAUAUCAAUGGUAUCUAUUAUAAACUCCUUAAUAGAAACAAAAUCAACCAUGAGGAGAUUACAAGAAAUUUCAAAAUUGUCUUGUGAAGUUAGAGUUUGGAGAAAUGAGUUCUGGAAACAAAUUGAUUCAAGUGAUUUAGUUCCUGGGGAUGUAUUUGAAGUUGAUCCUUCAUUGAAUGUGAUUCCAUGUGAUGCUAUAUUAAUUAAUGGGGAUUGUGUAAUCAAUGAAUCAAUGUUGACGGGAGAAAGUGUCCCAGUUGGAAAAACUUGUGCAACAAAGGAAACUGUCAAAUUUUUAUCUGAAAUUUUUAUAGAUCCAAUAUUGUCAAAAUCAUAUUUAUUCAAUGGUACCAAACUUUUAAAAACAAAAUCAUCCAAUGAACAACCAGUGACGGCAAUGACAGUCAAGACUGGGUUUAAUACUACGAAAGGUUCCUUAGUUCGUUCCAUGCUUUUCCCUAAACCAACAGGAUUCAAGUUUUAUCAAGAUUCAUUUAAAUAUAUUGGAUUUAUGACUAUUAUUGCCGCAAUUGGAUUUACUUAUUCAACUUACAAUUUCAUGAAAUUAGGAUUAAGUACCAGGAUUAUGAUCUUGCGUGCAUUGGAUAUAAUUACGAUUGUUGUUCCACCCGCAUUACCUGCUACAUUAACAAUUGGAACCACUUUUGCCCUUGCCAGAUUGAAAAAGUUGGAUAUUUUCUGUAUUUCUCCCACUAGGGUAAAUAUUGGAGGGAAAUUAGAUGUUAUGUGUUUUGACAAGACUGGGACUUUGACUGAAGAUGGAUUGGAUAUCUUGGGAUUACAUCUAGCUAAUAAUGCAAAAGGUAGAAAAGAAAUUAUCUUUGAAGAUAUUGUGGAAAAUAUUAAUUCUUUAAAAGUAUAUCCUGAAGCUACCGAGCAUGAAACCAAUAAUGCGAAAUAUUUAUUGGGAUGUAUGACUUCUUGUCAUUCUUUGAGAAAUAUUGAAAAUGAAUUAUUGGGUGACCCAUUAGAUGUAAAAAUGUUUGAAUUUACAAGUUGGAAAUAUGAAGAAGACCAUGUUGGUAAAACUAUUGUAUAUAAUGGUAACGAUAGAUAUACUAUCAUAAAAGAAUUUGAAUUUAUGGCAGCACUUAGAAGAAUGUCGGUUAUUGUAACCAGCAACAGAGAUGAAAAGAUUGUAUUCACAAAGGGAGCUCCGGAAGUUAUGAUGGAUAUCUGCCACCCAGAAACAAUCCCUACUAAUUAUGAAGAAUUAUUACAUCAUUACACUCAUUCGGGUUAUAGAGUUAUUGCGUGUGCAUAUAAGGAAGUUGAUGAUAUUUAUUUAACCCGAGACUCUGCAGAAUCGAAAUUAAUCUUUACUGGUUUUAUUAUCUUUGAGAAUAAAUUGAAAUCUACUACCAAGGACACUUUACAAAAACUUAAUGAAGCCGAAAUUCGUACUAUUAUGUGUACUGGUGAUAAUAUUUUGACUGCAAUUAGUGUUGCUCGAGAAUGUGAAUUAAUUCCGCCUAAUAUUCUGCACAUCUAUAUACCAAUCUUAGAUGUUAAAGAUAAUGAACAAUAUAUCGCUUGGCAAGAAGUAAACGAUGCCGAUAAUAGAUUGGAUCCAAUUACAAUCAGACCAGUUGAUAUUCGACAGGAAAUGAGUUAUAAACUAGCAAUAACUGGAGAUAUUUUCCGGAUCCUUUUAACGGAAAUUCGUAAUGAAACCUUAAUUCAAAACGUCCUCAUGAAUUGUGAUGUUUUCGCCAGAAUGUCCCCCGAUGAAAAACAUGAAUUGGUUGAACAAUUGCAGAAAAUUGAUUAUACUGUUGGAUUCUGUGGUGAUGGGGCCAAUGAUUGCGGUGCUUUGAAAGCUGCUGAUGUGGGUAUUUCCCUCUCGGAAGCAGAAGCCUCGGUCGCAGCACCUUUUACUUCUCGAGUGUUUGAAAUUGCAUGUGUGUUGGAUGUUAUUAAAGAGGGGAGAUCUAGUUUGGUUACAAGCUUUUCAUGUUUUAAAUAUAUGUCAUUAUAUUCUGCCAUUCAGUUUAUUACCGUUACUAUACUUUACAAAACAGGAACUAAUUUGGGUGAUUUUCAAUUUUUGUAUAUUGAUUUGUUUUUGAUUUUACCAUUGGCAAUUUUCAUGUCUUGGUCAAAACCAUAUGAUAAAUUAAUUGUGAAGAGACCAACUGCCAAUUUGGUUUCUCCCAAAAUUCUUAUUCCCUUGGUUUGUCAAAUUCUAGUAAUUUUGACUUUCCAGGUUAUAUUAUGGCUUUGGGUAAAGAAAGAACCCUGGUAUAUCGAACCAGUUCCAGGAAGUGAUGAUGCAGUACAAUCUUCUGAUAAUACGGUAUUAUUUUUGUUUUCCAAUUUCCAAUAUAUACUCAUUGCUGUGGUAUUAAGUCAAGGGCCGCCAUAUAGAGAAAGUAUGCUUAAGAAUUAUCCAUUCAUGAUCAAUCUAGUUUUGGCAUUAUUAAUCUCUGCAACUUUAUUCUUGAUUGAUGGUGAUUCUAAACUUGGUGACUUUAUGCAAUUGACAAAUUUGAAUGGAUGGUUUUAUUACUACAUUAUUAUAUUUGCAGUGAUUAAUUUUAUAGUCAUGCUGAUUGGUGAAGUUAGUUGGUUUAAACAUAUUGCACAAAUUUAUAAGAAAUUAUUCCAAAGGCACAAAAUUGGUAAAAGCAAAAAGACUUUCAAGAACUUAAGACGUGAAUUUAGUCAAGUUCAAAGUGUAUAG